AUGAGUGAAAACGCUAGUUUUGAUAUGGGUGAACAUCCCAGUCCGAUAGAACAGAGUGACGAUCUUAAAAGUGAAUCAAAAGUUCAUGUAAUUUUAAACGAAGCUGGAUUCGGAAAAACAUUUUACAUGACUUGGCUAGCUGCAGAACUACAAAAACGUUUUAUUGAGCUGGAUGAAAUGAAAAUACAACAACUGACCGCUGAGGAGUUUGUAUUACUUAAAAUAUUUGCAAAAAAAUUCAAUAGCAAAGAGCUUGUUAUCUUAAUGGAUGGGUUCGAUGAGGUCACACCCUAUUACAAAGCGGUGGUACUAAAGCUGUUAAAAGUGCUUGAUACUUUCGAAGGAGUUCGGAAAAUAUAUUUAUCUAGUCGUCCUUACGAUUUUCGAAGUGAACUGCUAGCUACAUUUAAGAUGAAAGAUUGUGAACAGCAAUUUGCCCCCAUGAAAAUGGUUGAAUCCUUUAUUGAGAAAAAGGUUUACAUCGUCAAAAUAGAAAAAACGGGCUCAAACAGUAUUAUGUCUAAGACGGCUGUAUCAAGGAUAGAUGCUGAAAUAACACUUAAAUGGUUGAAAUACACUUUUUCACAAUUGGCUUUAUUUACCGUGAUGAGCGAAGAUGAAGCAAAGCAAUUAUUAACAGAUGAAGAGCAAAAUGAUGCACUUGAUUACUUGAGUAAAAUUAGAAACGGUUCAGAAAAAUCAGGAAUAAUCGAAGGAGUUGUCAACAAUGUCCCUUUGUUCAUACAUCGCCUCUUUGCGGAGUAUUUUGCCGCACGUUGGUUCUUUUCAAAUCAGAGAAGGGAUGAAUCGUCAACAGAUUAG